AUGACUCAGCAAUAUCUUGGAGCAUUUGUCUCCCUUUAUGGAUAUCCACUCGAUAAAACAGGACUCUACGAUUGUUUCCACCAGCUUUUCGUUGGAGGGCGGUUUCCUCGAUUCAGUUACACUUGUGCGAGUGUUUUUUCACAAGAUCUUUUAAAUCCCGAAGAGCGAAGCAUCGCUCCGUCGAGUUGUGAGCAAAUUGACUUUGUGACAGCUUUUGCUUGUUAUAAAGCGUUGCUCUAUUACAAGCAGACGAUCCCGAAUGGAGACACGAAAUUUCCCGCGUAUUCAGCGUUGAAGAUCAAUGAGAUGAAUAUUCCUUGCGGCAACAUCGACACCUUCAAAACAUGUUUGAACGAUUUGAAAUCAUAUUGUUAUGAUUUACCAACGAUUUUCAGGUUUGUACCGAGUGGAUCCGAGGCGGAGGCGAAGAGCUAUUUGCAGCUUUUUCUCGCCAUGCAACUUCGAUGUGAUCACGCUUCAGCAUACGACACCUACACGCGGUGUCGAGCCGCAUGGGCGGGCGCUGAUUGGCAAGAUCAAACUCAUUACGCGAAUUGCGGAGAUUAUCGAUAUAAAGAUGAGUGCUAUUCGAUCAACUCAACGAUGACGUGUCGAUGGAAAGUGAUGCGCUCGGUUUGCGAGGAUAUCGGUGGAUAUUGUGAUAUCGAUCCGCAAAUCAUGGACAAACAGGGAUGGAUUGAUGGCGAUUGUAUCUCUGAUGCAAAGAAAAUGUGCAAAAAGAUCAACUCAGCUUCGCGAUUUCUUCUCCCCAUUUUGAUAACUUUCAUGUUAACGAAAAUUUUUGCG